AUGGAGAACCACCAAGAUCUCUGCACACCUGGCUCCAACAGCUCAUUUGCUCUCUGGGAGUCUCUGCAGGAUCCAGAGCAGCUCCCGCAGUCUGCUUUUGCCAAGGACGACCUGGCUCAAAGCCAGUCUGUGCCUGCUGGGCUGGGAGGUGCCCGGAGUGCCGAGCAGGAGGCCCGGCUGAGGGGAGCAGGAGCAGGAGCUCAGCUGCUCUGUAUCUGCUACAGGCUGAGCAUUAUCCCCAAGAUGCUCAUGAUUCUGCUGGUGGAGGAAAAAAUUAUUUCCUUCAGAGCUUGUGCAUUGUGAGUUUGUUUCCUCUGGGGUGCAAUGGCUUAUGACGGGCAAGUGGCAAUAUGUCAUCCUUUGCAAUAUGCCACCAUGAUGAAUAGGGAUCGCUGCGUCAGGAUGACCCUUGGGUCUUGGCUGUCUGGUGCCCCUGUGGCUUUGUGCUUCACCAUAUGGUUGUUCUCUCUGCCCCUCUGUGGGAGAAACAUGGUCAAUCAUUUCUUUUGUGAUGUUUUCCCUGUGUUAACGUUGCUGUGUGCAGACACAGCCUUGUUUGAACUACUGAUUGUUAUUGCUGUUGUCAUAAUAGUGAUGAUUCCUUUUUCUCUGAUAGCCAUCUCUUACCUUCGCAUUAUCCAUGCUGUUCUUCAGAUACCAUCAGCUGUGGGCCAGAGACAAACCUUUUCCACGUGUGCAGCUCACCUGUUGGUGGUGGCUCUUUUGUACAGCACAGCUGGCAUCAUCCACCUGCAACCCAAGGCCAGCAUGAAGAAAAUGGUUUCCCUGUCCUAUGCAGUUAUCACCCCAAUGCUCAACCCUAUCAUCUACUACUUCAAGGAUGGUUUCAACAGUCGGGGUUGGGCGCAGAGGAAGACUCAGAAUGACUUGUUUGCAAGCAUCAUUCAUAUUCACUUGGAGCAGUUCGAGUAG